AAUCACCAUCCCCCAUCCCUCUCUCUCGUCCAUAUCCCAAAUACACUGUCCAUCACGGGAGUCUCAUUGCUGUCGAAGAAUGCACUCACCAAGCCUCGCAAGAUCCCCAGCUACUCCCGCCCCGGUCGCGGCCAGCACUAAGUUCCAAGAUGAAUAACUUAUGGUUUCUCUGAAGCCUGUAUCGCCGGCGACAGAAUGGAAAUUGCCGGACGGAGUCAGUUCUUAUCCUCUCACCAAAUCCUCGCCUGGAAUUCUCUUACCAUGACAUUGACUACCACAAUCCCUCCCCAAACUACCUCAAUGCGACAAGCCGGGAUGUGCCCCCACCUUCACCACCAUCCCCUCCAACCCUAGAAGAAUCAACCCUAGAAGAAGAAGUCGCCCAAGCCUUCGUCAAGAUCAACGAGGUGAUCUUGUACGCCAUGGAGCGGGCCCGCCCCGAUCUCCGCGCCCAGGUGACUUUGGGAUGGGACUUGGUCGUCAGGCUGCGCACCUACUACGUGAACCUGCCACAGAACCGGGAGAUGAUCAUCGGGCUGAUGGUGGACGCGGUGCGGGAAAUGGGUGUCCGGGCCACCAGCCGACGUGGACGAUGUCGAGGAGUGACGCCUUGCCGUUUGAGGGUCAGAAUUUGAAUGUCGCGUUGGAUGUGUAUUCGGGGCCGAAGGAGUAGUUCAAGGGAAUUCAGGUGGCCUGUACAACUAAUGUUGUUUGUAUGUGUGUGAGAAGUAGGCUGGGUGGUGUUGUAAACACUACUUUAUUCGUCUUUUGCAUAAUGCCAAUUGCGCGGUAAGUAGGUUUGUUUCUUCACGCUGACGCGCGGCUCUGCAAUGAGGUCUCCCACGCGUAUACUGAUGAGUAAAUCAGUCGUCAAGGUAUCCCUUUCUGGUGAUUAGUGGAGCCGAUCAAUGUUAUAUAAGUCGGACUUGCUUUUUGCUUAAUAUAGAUGUUUUUUUGGCUCUACUAAAAGACGCCAGCUG